AUGCGUCCUUGGACCCUCCUGACCCUCCUCUUCGCCGCCCUAGCAAUUGCCUCCCCGGCCGAGACUGCCGCCGACGACGGUGUCCUCGCGAAAGAUGCAAAUCCCAAGCGAGGACCCCAACCGGGCAAGGGCGGUCCCAAUAGCGGGUGCAAACCCCAGUACCAUGAUUGCUUGAGGGUAAGUGCUGCGUUCUCGAACAACUGA